CUCACCUGGGCUGAGCCCAUUUGCUUAUUGGGAGCCAACGAGGUGCGGUCGCCAUUGCCGCUGCUGUCGCUCUGCUCGACUCGAGCUCGGAGCUGCCCCUCGUUAAAAGCCACCAACACCAUUACGUUUCUCUCCUCGGCUUCACCCACCUUCCCUCCUCCGGCUUCUUUUCCCCGACGCUCGGCCACCUCUCUUUUCUCGUCCCUGUCCACGGAGAGUGGCCGUCUCGCUCGGAACGAAGCCUCACCCCGAAAUGCUCUCCCUUGGUCUUUAGUUCUCCUCCUUCUCCGCCUCUCCCUUCUUCCUUAAACUUCCAAGACCAGCGUUCCUUUUUGGCUUUCCUCCCUUUUCUUUUCCACCCAUUUCUCCGGUUCCAUUUUCCCGAAAUAGAGAACGAGAAAACCCUAGAUUUCGCCCAUGUAUUGCUCCUCUUCUGUUUGAAGACCUAGUUUGCGCAGCGGGUGGAGUAUCGAUCGCUCGGGAAGAUACACUUAAACAAAGUCAGAGUUUCUGUGGAUUAAAUUUCUCUCGCCUGGUGGAACGUAAGAUUAUAACAGCUCCAGUCACCUGUCCUUUGGGCAUGAACCUUUGAUUGUAUCUGGUUUUCCUUUUUUCGCAUAACACUUCAGUUAUUCAAAAUGGCAAAAGGCAAAAGUCGGCGCAGAUUUGCUUCUCGCCAAGCAAGGGCAUCCCCAUACCCACAGAAGAAGUGCCACUGGAACAAAGAUCUUAUCCGCAAGAAACCAUGCCUAACUGUGGAAGCUACAGGGAAGAAAGACUGGGAUGAUAUAACCUGUUCAGUGUGCAUGGAGUGUCCACAUAAUGCAGUUCUCCUUCUCUGUUCAUCUCAUGACAAAGGCUGUCGCCCAUACAUGUGUGGCACCAGUUACCGGUACUCCAAUUGUCUUGAUCAGUUCAAGAAGGCAUAUGGAAAAGCAUCUAAGGGAUCAGCUGUUUCUGAUUUCCAUGAUAUAGGCCAUUCUACCGUAGCCAUUUCUGACAGUGAGGAUUUAUCACUUGAAGAUGGAUCUGCUGGGAUUACAAAUAUGGGAUGGUCCCAAUCUAGAGAAAAAUGGGAGCUCACGGAGUUGGUAUGCCCAUUGUGUCGUGGAAAGGUUAAGGGAUGUACAGUGGUAGAAUCUGCUCGUGCUUAUCUCAAUACCAAGAAGAGAAGCUGCACGCAGGAUGGAUGCUCCUAUAUAGGAAACUACGAAGAACUAAGGAAGCAUGUAAAAACAGAACACCCUUGUGCCCGCCCCCAUGAAGUGGAUCCAGUGCUCCAACAGAAUUGGAGGCGUUUGGAACAUGAACGUGAACACGAUGAUGUGCUGAGCACAAUCAGGUCAACAAUGCCAGGGGCCAUGGUACUAGGAGACUAUGUUAUAGAAGGCAAUGGGUUUGGAAGCGAUGGUGAUGAGGUAGGCAUAGAUGAAAGCAACUGGCUGAAUGUCCUCCUUCUCUUUCAGGCAUUUGGGCCCAAUGGCAACAUAGCGGGUGGCCGUAAUUUCACUUCGCGAUUGAGGCGUCUUGCCAGAGGUUACAGGAGGUUGGAAAUGGGGCCAUCAGGGCGAAGCCGGUGGCAUGACGAGGCACUUACUAUCAUCUCCUCUGAUGAAGAUGAAUCACCGAGCAUUAAUACUUCAGCAGCUAUUACCACUGCCAAUGUGACCACAACUGCUGCAAGGGGGAGGGCAAACAGAGAGGAUUCUGCUAGAAGGCGGAGAAGCCGGAGACGCUCACUAACUGAUCUGACUUGAGGAGACAUAGUAUAUAGCUGAAUUACCUUUCAGACAUAGGUAGGUUGGGUCAUAGAAAAAGAAAUGAAAAAAGGGGGAAAAAACAUAGCAUGUUGGUGUAAAACUCGUCAUCUGCAUUUAUGCUGGGAUCGUUUCUUUACCUUGGUGGUUGAUUUUAAUUUUUUUUUUCUUUAUCAUGAUGCAUUCCGCUGUUCAUGUUACGGGCAUUUCAUUAUUAACCUGAAGUACGGGACCGGCUGCUGGGUUUCUCUUGAUGUUGCAUCCUUGCAACUUUCUGCAUGAUUGUGAAAAUAAUAAUUUUGAUUGAUGCCUCACUGAAAAGAUGAGGGCAAAUGUACUUUUUGUUAAAUGCUAUGGAAAUGGCCUCUUGUCACUAAA